AUGGAUAAAGCAAAUCCUUUAAGUACUCAUAUGGUUAAUCGAUCACUGAAUGUUGAAACUGAUCCAUUUCGUCCUUAUGGAGAAAAUGAGGAUAUUCUUGGUCCUGAAGUACCAUAUCUCAGUGCAAUCGGAAAACUUAUGUAUCUUACUAAUUGCAUUUGUCCUGACAUAUCCUUUUCUGUCAAUUUAUUAGCAAGAUUUAGUUCAGCUCCCACGAAGAGACAUUGGAAUGGAAUCAAACAUAUAUUGCGUCAUCUUCGUGGAAGCACUGAUCUUGGUUUAUUUUACUCUAACGAUUCAAAUCUAGAAUUGAUUGGUUAUGCAGAUGCAGGUUAUGUGUCUGAUCCUCAUAAGGUUAAGUCUCAAACUGGAUAUGUAUUUACAAGUGGAGGUACUACAAUUUCUUGGCGGUCACAGAAACAAACAAUUGUAGCCACUUUCUCAAAUCAUGCUGAACUUAUUGCAUUACAUGAAGCAAGUAGGGAAUGUGUGUGGCUCAGAUCAAUAAUACAACACAUUCAAGAAUCUUGUGGUCUUCCAGUCCAUAAAAGUCCAACUGUUCUAUAUGAACUCAUAAAGAAUCAAGAAAUUGACAUCCAAUAUGUUCAAUCAAAUAACAAUUCAUCUUAUCUCUUCACGAAGAAACUUCCUACAGCAAUAUUUAGAAAACAUGUUCAUAAUAUUGGAAUGCGCCAUCUGCGAAAUACAUGA